AUGAGGAUGAAGUCAUGUGCUGCUAGAAUCAAUGCGGUUGCACAUGGUGGUGAUGCUGCUGCAGAGGUUACUGCUAUAGAGUUUGAUGACAGUGAUGGUCUUCAAGUAGCUGUCGGGAGUAGUGCCGGAAAGGUAUUCAUAUACGACUUGCGCACUUCAGCUCCCAUACAUGUGAAGGAUCACAUGUACGAGAGCUCAAUUUUGAGUAUCAAGUGGCAACGGACUCUUAACACUCAAGAACCAAAGUUGAUUACUACUGACAAGCACAGUGUUAAAAUAUGGGAUCCUAAUACGGGAGAAGGUAUGACCAGCAUUCAACCGAAACAAGGAGGAAUAAACGACAUUUGUGUGUUCCCUGGAAGUGGGCUUAUGCUUCUUGCUUUAGACUCUAACCUAAUCCCAUCUUACUUCAUACCUGAACUUGGUCCUGCCCCCAAAUGGUGUUCUCCUCUUGAAAACCUAACGGAAGAGAUGGAGGAAACAGGAGAAACAACUAUUUACGAUAAUUACAAGUUUGUGACAAAGGAAGAUCUGGAGAA